GCAAGACGCACGUCCCCCGCAGUCGCGUGAACCCCACACCGCUGUCACCGCGGCCCAGCGCCGUCGCAGUGACUUCUGCGCCGCCGGCAUAACAACGCAGAGUAUCCUUACUCUAGUGACUCUUCACAACAAAAUCGCGCCACGCGACACAAACGUAAAAUAACAGCAACGCUUAUCAAUUCAGUGUUGAUAGGUAUAAAAUAGAAUCAGAAGUGGGAUCGCUAUUCUACCUGUGGGGUAUUGAAAAUAAUGUGGUCGGGCAAGCGCCCGGUGUGCGUGCUAGUCGUGCCGUGUACUUAGUAUCAUGCGAGUGUGGCGAAGGGCUCGGGUGGCGUUGAGUAUGCGGCUGUGUUGUGUGACCACGGUGACCACGAUCCUGGCGGCGAUGGCGCUCCGGAGCGCCGCUGACCCCGUCGGUCGCCGCUACCCCACCGACUGGCACCCCAGAGACCUCCAACUCCGGACGCACCCCCUCAACGAAGUCUUCGAAUCAGAAGCGCCAACAGAAACCGAGCGUUCCUACCCGCAAAUGUCGCAAGUUUUGCACAAGGAAAGAAGACGUAUCCGCACCAAUAAGAGAGCGCGCCUUCCCGCUGAGAUUGCGAGCCAGACGAUGCUGCGAGCGGCUCGCUCCGGACGGCCUUACGAUGUUCCUCAAAUAGAAUGCCCGCCCGCUGCUGAUGGAAUGGAACGAUUUGCUUGUCCUACUCCUGAUAGGCAGGGCCGGUAUCGCUGCAUAGACGACCACGUGCUGUGUGACGGAUUCAUCGACUGUCCAAGUGGUGAAGAUGAAGAUCGCCAAGCUUGCAUGUUCUAUAAGACGACAAAGGCGCACCUGGAUGUACUCGCUGACGCGCUGCUGCGAUGGGCCCGCGGCCGUUAAAUAAAUCCAAACGAUGAAAUCUAAAACAUUUAGUGCUCCAAUAGUCCAUCAGUGAUUCUCAUAUAGACUGACACAUUGCAUUCCUGUUCUGUUAAGCUGCAAACCUUCUCAUGGCAAUAUUCGGGCGCAACCAGUCAUUGUGCAAGCAAUCGAGGCAAAUGUAAUGAAACAUAUCAAGUAGUGGCGCAGUUUGCCAACAAUUAUGACCACUUACAGUGUAGUGUAAAGAUACAGAGAGAUCGAAUAGAGAUAUUAUCUGUGGUGGAUCAACAACUUGUGUGCGAGUACCUUACGGAGGUCGGUAGUGCUGGUUUCGUCCUGAUACUAACAGCAGCUGUUGUUUUCCUCAAUAUUAUUUAUAACCUUCUAGCAAUUAUUAAAACUAAAAUGUGAGACUGGUAGUCGACAUUGUUAGUCGGUAGAAUGUACUUUAUUAUACUAAUAUGAAUAUUUUAGAUUAGGUUCAUCAUUAUAUGAAUUAUAAAUAAUGAUGUAUUUGUUAUUGUAUUUAUUCAUUUUAUUAACUCAUGACUACAUUCCUUGAGUAAUUGAGGGUUAUAAAAUUAGAGUAUGGUGUAAAUAAGUUACAUUAAAUUUAGUUAUUGUAAUAUUAUGUAUAAUUAGAAUGAUAUUAAUUUAUUCUUCGGCCUAUAAUUAUUGGCAAACUGUGUUUGCUGCUUCUGUUAUAAGUGCGAUAUUGAUUAUAUUAUCUAAACCUUAAGUAACUAUUACAGGCUUAAGAAACUGACUCAAUUGAACUAUUUUCAAUGAACAGGAAAAUUCAACUACUUAAUACAUCCAACGGUGUACCUAAGACUCGGUAUAAUAAUAUUAUCAGAUAUAUUGUUACUUCACUACGCAUUCUGUAACUUCAAGAUUUUCUGUGAAUCUGUUAAUAAUUUGUUUAAUUAAACGAUAUUUAAUAAAGCUUUUCAUAUCAUUUUGCCUUUAUAAAUUUUUAAGGAAAGUAUAAAGAGAUUUCGAUGGCAUUGAUAAAUAUAAAACAUCAUAAUGAUUUUAUAAAUGUUUGGAUGUUUACGAAACAGUACAUAUAUUAUGUUAAAUGUAAACAAAAUAUAAACAUUUUGUUUAUUUUUACAUAAAUGUUACAAUGCAUUUCGCAUUUUAUUAUAGUGUUUAAGAAAGUAGUUUGUAGGAAGAAGUACGUUGUCAGUAAUUUAAUAUAAUUCUACAACACUUUCUGAUAUUUUGAAGUAAAAUAAAUGUUGAAGUUGUGUAGUGCGCGCGUGUUUUAUGUAGAAGCUGCAUUACUGUGUAACUAUUAAAUUAAAAUAUUGCACCAAAUUUAAUUGAUAGGUAGCAUAGACAAAUAAUAUAUAAGUAUCGUAUUUGGUGUCUAGUAAUUUCUAUUAUUCGAUUAUUUAAAUUUAAACUACAAUUUUGAGGUCAAAGGACUCUACUAUUAAUAUAAUAAAAUUUGUAUUAUUAUUUAAUCAUAUAACUAUAUGGUAAUUUAUAAGGUAAAUAAUUUGAAUGCGAAUUACAUUGUAAAGAGAUAUAAUAAAUAUUUGUGAUACUAAGGAGGCCCAUCGGAGCUACACUUUCUGUGCUAUGAACUUAUAUUAUUAUUAUAUUAAAGUUAAGAAAUUAUAAACACCGUUGCAAUCUGAUUGAACUAAUGUUCUUGAGCCAUCAGAUUCUACGGUAUUUAUAUUAUAAUUAAUUAAGAAAUACAGUCAUGAAGAUAACUUACAGGGUUACAAUGAACACAGUGCUUUGAUGUGUAGUAUCGCAAAUAAUUUAUUAUAAUAAAUAUGUCACGGUAUUAGCACUACUAAUAUAUCUCUAAUCAAGUUUCUCAAUGCCAACGAAUACUUCUCGAUUAAUAAUUCAAUGUGUCAAUUACUAAUAUAAUUUCGAUCCAAAAUAAUAAUAUCUAAUUGGUUUUCGAUUGAGUUCUUUAUUUAAAUUCUCUGUCUGUAUUAGUUAAUUAACAUCCAGUCUUAUGUUAGAUCUAAUUGUAUUACCUACUAAUAAAUUAAAUAUAAUGUAUGUAACUAUUUAUAACUAUGUAUAUGCACUCAAAAUUUGCCUGUUUCGUAUGUGCACAGCAAUUUAUUGUGAUAUUUUAAAUAUUUAAGAUUAAGAUACAGAACAUGAUCUCGAGUAUAGUCUAUGUACCUUUCGAUGUGAUCGUUACUAUAAAAUAAUAUACAAUUUAUAUGUUACUAUAAUGCUAGUCGGUAUUUGAGCUGAACAUUGCCCUAUUAAGUAUUAUUUUAUUUAUAAUUUAAAUUAAUUUUAUUAUUCAAGCACUAAACUGCGAGUUUCAUUGUAAUGUUAAACGCGUGAAUUGGACAGAUAUGUUUGUUUCCUAGUUUUAAUUUAUCAUUGAUGUUUAGUUUAUAUCGAGUUUAUUUAAUAAGAGCCGCGUAAUACUCUUCAUCUUAUGUAUUACAUACUAUUCCGCAAUCUUGAAUAAGGUUUGCUAUAAAUGGAAUGGUAUUGCUAUAAUAAGUAGUAAACUAACUACAUAUAUUAUUAUUAUGGCUGUAUGAGAAUUUCGUACCUUUAUGUUAUUAGAAAUAAGGUUUUGGCUUUCGUUCUAAUACAAAAUAAAUGUUAGGAAUUACAUAACAUAAUUAGGUACGAAAAUCCCUAAGCUCUUUAAAUAUCUAUCUUUAAAUGCACAAUGCUUCGCUACUUAUCGUUUAAAAACGUAACACAAAAUUAUUAAUGAUAUUAAGUGGUGUGUAUAUUAUCUGUGUUCUGUAUUAGAUAAUAUUGUAAUCGUAACGUAAUGGCAACAUUUCUUUAUGUAACUACUAUUAUAAUUUUUAAUUCAUAUAAAUCUCCAACACGCUUCUUACCUUAUGUAAUACCCAUACUAAACUCCACAGAUCAUUUUCAUAAUUUAUCGUCCGGAUAAAUACUUAUAAUUUUCAUGCGACACAUUAAGAAUAUCUACAAAAUAUGACGAUCGCUCAAUUAAUAACUAAAUACAACCUCAGAUACUAUUGUUGAAUAACAAUAUUUUUAGAUAUCUCACUUGUAGACUUAUUGUAUUAUUUUAUUUUUCAAAACUAUCAUAGUAACUACAAUAUUUUCGUAGGUGGUUAGUUUCAACCGGUUUUUUCCUGUUUUUGUACUGUAGAUAACAUUCAAUGAUUUAGUUCGGAUCUUUUGUGAAUUUUAUAUUAUUUAAGAGUGCAACUAUUUUUGUAGAUACAUAUUAUAUUUGUUCAAUUACCACUAUUAAGAGAAUUAUAUUUUCUCAUACGGUUAUGUUUGCCGGAAAGACAAGCAAUGUAACUUCUAUUCUUACCGCACAAAAUUGGAAGCAUAAAUUUUUUCGAAACUACUUAUAAUAUUUACAUGAAUGAAUGAAAUCGCUAUUCCACAAAUGUCAACAUCUUGCUCAGACAGUUGUCGUUGCGUAGCCUGAUAAAAUCUCCGAGAGAAUACAUUUGCGUAGGCGAGUCCACACAUACUUGCUGGACAAUGUUUCCUAGUCAUCCGACACAAUUACUUAUUCUCUCAGAGAAUAUUCCUCAUGUUUCAACCGACCUAUGGUAGAGUUACCUUACAUUUUAAUCUUAAACUGUAAGGUACUCACGUGUUGGUGAUCUUAUAACAACUACGCUGUUUUGUAGGCGUAAUAUACUUUUGGACUAUUUAUUACGUAUUGUUAAUUACUAUAUAUGUUGUAUUAAGAUAAAAAAUCGAAAAAUAAAUGUUAAUAAAUGCCUCAGCCAGACGA